AUGAUCUCGCGCCUGGAGCUGGCCACGGGGCGCGGUGGGGCCGCGCUCGGGCGGGCGUGGCGUGGGCCGCCAGGCUACCGCGGCUUUAGCAUCAUGGAGCGCUACCGGCGCCUGCGGCCGGCCCCGGAGGAGGCCGGCCCCGCGCCCUGGGCUACGCCGCCGGAGUUCGCUGGCGGCGGCGACGGGCUGGAGGAGGCACACGCGCCGUCCGCCUCCUCGUCCUCCGCGCCGCGGGCGGCAGCGGGCGACGGGAACCUCGCCGGGCCUCCGCGCAGGCCGCCAUCCUACGCGCGCGCGGCGGUUCCCAUGGAGGCGCGGGUGCGCACCUGGGAGCCGCCCGUGCAGCCCUCGGACCCGCGCUCCCUGGUGGUGGGGCUGGCGGGCCCCCCUAACGCGGGCAAGUCGUCGCUCCUGAACGCGAUCCUGGACGCCCCGAUCAGCGCCGUCUCGCCGAAGGUCAAUACGACUCGCGACGGAGUCAGGGGGAUCAAGACCAUGGGCACGGCCCAGCUGGUGUUCCUGGACGCGCCGGGGAUCGUCCCCUCACACCAGCGCGUGCAGAAUCGUGAGCUGGUCUCGAAGGCUUGGAUGGGUUACCAGGAGUGCGACUUGUGCGUUCUGGUCAUCGACUCCGUGAAGCGCCCGGACCAGCAGAUCUUCGACGUGGUUCGCAGGAUCUGCCCUAGGGAGGAGCUCGGGGAGGUCGAGCUCAGGCGCCGGCUGGAGCUCGUGGAGGAGGCCCGUGCCGCCCACGGGGCUGAUCGCUCGGACUGGCUGCCGCCCGGGUCCGCCAGCCGCGGCGGCGGGCGCUCAGCGGCGGGUGGGAACAGGCCCCCGGUGACGCUGGUGCUGAACAAGAUCGACCAGGUGUCCGAGUUCAGGUGGCUGAAGUCGCGAGAGAGCGAGUUUCUGGCGCACGGCCAGUUCGACCAGAUCUUCUACGUGUCCGCGAAGAGGGGCCAGGGCAUCCAGAAGCUGCUCGAGCACCUCAGGAGCAGGGCGCAGCCGCGAUCCUGGGUAUACCCGGUCGAUAUGAAAACAACGUUGGCCCACACGGAGCAGAUCAAGCACAUGGUCAACACGCAUUUGUACAAGUGGUUCAACAAGGACGUUCCGUACAAGAUUGAGCAGCAAACAGUCGGUUGGACUCCUCGUUUGGACGGGACCUUGCUCGUGGAGCACGAGCUCAUUGUCAAGGAUUCGAUUGUCGCGCGCAUGAUCCUGGGCGUUCGCAACACGAUCGUCGCGCGUUUGCGAGAUCAGGUCAGUCACAAGUUGUGCAAGCUGUGGGAUAUGCAGGUCGAGGUGCGAAUCUGGGUAAGGCCCUUGCAGCAGCGGCUGAGUGCGGCCGUCUGCAUCGUCAUGUCUGCAGCCAAGGCCAGCAGCCUGGGACUCACUCCCUUGGCGACCAUCCGGUCCUUCGCGGCCGCAGGCGUGGACCCCAAGGUGAUGGGCCUGGGCCCUGUACCCGCCACCCAGAGGUGCCUUGCCAAGGCUGGGUGGACUGUUGCAGACCUCGACCUCGUGGAGGCCAACGAGGCCUUCGCCGCCCAGGCCCUGGGGGUGAACAGGACGUUGCAGAUUCCGCCUGAGAAGCUCAACGUGAACGGAGGGGCGAUCGCCAUCGGCCACCCUAUUGGCGCGUCGGGUUGCCGUAUCGUCGUGGACCUGCUGUACGAGAUGCGCCGCCGCAACGCCUCCCGCGGCCUCGCGACGCUGUGUAUCGGCGGAGGGCAGGGCGUGGCUAUGGCCUUCGAGCGCUCCCCGGGCAGCAGGCUGUAG